ACGCAAAAGCCGAAUCGGAUCGUCUUUUCCUCUGCUUUUACCUCACAAAUUAGAAUCCCAAAUCCCACUUGUUUGUUUAUAUAAUCAUAAGUCAGAAGCAAAUUCUUUGAAUUAACAAUUAUAGUAACAACUUCCUUCUUAUACCCGCCAUAAUCACAUUUUAUAAAGCUAAUCAGAAUCUCGGUCUCCAUCGCCUUGCUUCCGACGCGUAUGUGAAUGUGACCUUUACAAUGCCGGAGCUAGGGUUUCCGGACCAGAGGUCGAUGAGAUCAGGUUUCAGAGCACGUGACGCAAGUCCUGACUCCGUCAUUUUUACUCUUGAAUCCAAUUUUAGUUUAUUUUCUUCUGCUUCAGCUAGUGUUGACCGCUGCUCUUUUGCAUCUGAUGCUCAAGAUCACGACUCUCUCGCCUCUGAAAUCUCCCUGUUGGAGAGUUCAAAUAGUGGUCCAGAUCGAGAUCGAGAUCCAAACAAACCAGCGACAUACUACAAUAAGCAGAAUCGUCUCACUAAAAAAGCCGAAAAAGUGAAAGUUCAAAAAGACGACAGUUAUGCUACUGUAGAAGACGAUAAUAGACCCUUAGAUUCAGCCAGAAAUUCCUUCUCUCAAUCUCUCAAAGACGUCCAGGAGAGGAGAUCUAGAGCUGAAGCUCUAUCCAAAAAGCUGGAAAGGAGAAGACCUGCUUCAUUAGAUCUAAAUAAUGCUACCAUUUCGUCCCCGCGCUUGGGUGCCUUGAAAAAAGGCUCUAAUUUGUCACGCAAAUCUGGUACAUUUCCUAGCCCGGGAACUCCCAAUUAUAGGCACACAAGUGUUGGAAUGCAGAAAGGUUGGAGCUCAGAGCGAGUGCCACUGCAUACAAGUGGGAAUAGAAGGCAAGGGAAUGCUGCAUUAUUUCCUUUCAAUAAUGGGAGGACAUUGCCAUCAAAAUGGGAAGAUGCCGAGAGGUGGAUACUUAGUCCUGUUGCUGGUGAUGGUGUUGUUAGACAAUCAUAUGUGCCUCAUCAGAGGCGGCCUAAAUCAAAGAGUGGCCCCCUUGGCCCUCCUGGGAUUGCAUAUUAUUCACUGUAUUCACCUGCAAUACCGAUGUUUGAUGGAGCACCUAUAGGGAACUUAAUGGUGGGUUCUCCAUUUUCAGCUGGUGAUUUAGCAGCUGAUGGCAUAGCAGUUAAUUCUGGUGGACAUGCUGGAGCCGUUCCUGUAAGGAUGGAGCCUUGCAUGGCUCGAUCUGCUAGUGUGCAUGGGUGCUCUGAGAUGCCGAACCCACCAUCCUUGCCCUCACAAGAGGAAAAGAUUGGUGAGCUCAAGGAUGCUGCCACUGAUAUUUCUCGUACUAUUUCAAGAAGGGACAUGGCAACUCAGAUGAGCCCUAAUGGUAGCACUCACUCAUCUCCCAAAAGGCAGCCUUUCUCCUCCGCUCCGACUGCCUUACCAAGUUUGGAACUCCAGAGUGUUCAUUCCUCGAAAUCACAAGUAAGGGAUGUGCAGGUAGAUGAAAGGGUCACAGUGACAAGGUGGUCCAAGAAAAAUCGAGCUCAGAUCUGUGGGAAGACCUCAGAAAUUGUUGAUGACUGGAGAAAGAAUUCUGUGGAUUCUCAAACAUCAGCUUGGGAUAUUACAGAGUCAUCAAAAAGCAUUUCAAAGACCAAAAGAGAGGAACUUAGAAUCACAGCCUGGGAGAAUCUGCAGAAGGCAAAAGCUGAGGCAGCGAUUAGGAAACUAGAGAUGAAACUGGAAAAAAAGCGGUCUUCAUCCAUGGAUAAGAUCAUGAACAAGCUGAGAUCAGCUCAAAAGAAAGCUCAAAAAAUGAGGAGUUCAGUUUUAGCCAACCAAGACCAUCAAGUUGCUCGGAGUACCCAAAAGGCUGCAACAUUCCGUCGAAACAGUCAGAUGGGAUCCUUGAGUGGUUGCUUUACCUGUCACGCUUUCUAAUAUCAUUAAUCCAUCCGGCUUUCCACUUUAGCUAUGAUAAUUGCAAGGACAUUCCUAAGGUUUCAAUGUGACUGAAGUGAAGAACUGAGAAAUAAAUCAUGCAUUUGUAUGUAAAUCAGCUUCCGAAAUAUUCCACUUUAAGUGUGCCUUUGCAACUGGAAAUACCGUUUUACUAUAAUUUUUGCUGUAGAUUGUAAGCUGCUGUUGAUGAUUGAGACAUAGUGGCAUCGCAACUUCAAGAAGAAAAAAAUUUUUUCUUCUUGUUUCGAGGGCUAUCUGAAACUCUAUUUACCGAAUUGCUUCUUAUGUUUUCAAUUUAUUUUUAUAAGAAUUGCCUAUCCUUGACAUGUAUUA